UAGCAACAUUAGCUUCAGUUAGCUUGAUAAGCUCAUCGCAUAAACAAGUAACGGCGAGCAGGCUCCUUCAUGGACCGGAGCCCCCGCUGACUCUCCGCGCUGCCUAGCUGCGAACAUGGCGGCCAACCCUCCUCCGGGACCAGGCUUCCCGAACAAGGCCCGCGUCGCCAUCCUGGCGGAGCUGGACAAGGAGAAGAGGCGGCUGCUGCAGAGCGGCUCCAUGAACAGCCCCGGAGCCAACAUCGCGCUGUCGUCCCGGCCGAGCCUGAAGGACGCGAGGGACAGCGCCGAGCAGCAGCACAUCGCCGCCCAGCAGAAGGCGGCCCUGCAGCACGCACACGGACACUCGUCCGGCUUCUUCAUCACUCAGGACUCCUCGUUCGGGAACCUCAUCCUCCCGGUGCUCCCCCGCCUGGAUCCCGAAACCUGACUCUCCAUCGUCCCGACAAACACUGACCCGACCCGGGCCUCUUGGACCAUGGGGGGGAAACCUCCCUUUGUUUUGUUACUCUUUUAUACGAUGUGUGUCCUGUGUGUGAUUUAGUGUGAUUAAAACGAGGCUU